GUUCACAUCCCCCCCCAGUUCCAAAAUACUGGCUGCUCCUCUCUGCCUUCUGCCUCCCUGUUUAUUCCCAUCACCUCCAUGCUUACGUUAAAUAGAUUAUAGAGGACUCACACAUUUAAAGACUGCAGUUCAUUUUGGGCUCAUCCAAGAAUAAGACUACUAAAGUGCUUGAGGGUUCCAGAGGGAUUGAAGUGAAGUCAGUUCCCUGAGCCCCGUGGGACAGUGUUGUGUAGUAGAGCAGCAAGUCAGCCAGAGGCUUAGUAGGUCAGCUCAGCAGUGUUUUUACCCUCUGUACCACUCUGCUGGGAUCACACUUCUGUUGGUUGUCCUCGGACUUGCUACACCAAGAGGCUCCCUGCACAACUCCCAUCAUGUCUCUCAGGCUCCUGCCUUCCCUCAUGGUCGACGACGAUGAUGAUGAUGGUAACUUCACAAAAUGGAUGAGUAGUUACUGGGGUCACGGGGCAGAAUGUGGACACUCCAGAGAGAGGAAACACAGUUUCAGAAGAUCUGCAAAAACACACGGUGAUCGAAGAGCAUCCCUCCCGACUGUGUCCCAGUUAGAUGCCAUGAAGUUGAACAGGUUCCACGCAGCGACAUUGACCGCCAGUCCGGGCCACAUCAAGACGCGAGAGGAGAAGGGGGAGGUCCGGCCUCACCAGAGAGCUCGCUGUACCUUCUCAGACGACAACAGCCACUCCAAGUCCGCCGUCCCUGAGAACCGCAUCACCACCAUCCCUGAGCUCACAGAGUCUUUCCAGAAGAGACUUUUUCUCCGUGAUAAGAGGACCAUGUCCGUGAAUGGUGAUGACAAGUUGUGCCUAAUCUGUUACAAUGACAUGCAGAAGGGUGGUGGCGGAGUUCAAGAGCUGCACUGUGCACACCGCUUCCACAAAGAGUGCAUGGAGCAGUGGCUGUGGAAAAAACAGACGUGUCCCACAUGCUGUGUCCACGUGUACAUGCCGAAGCCCUUCUAUUGGUCUUCGUCCCACAUCAAAGUCCCAUAACGGUCCUUGUACAUAAACCUGCCAUGCCUGCAUGUCAAUGAGACCCACUGAUCCCCUCUCCCCCCAGAGGUCCACUACACUUUGGUCGUUCUGCAUGAAUCCGCUGCUCCUUGGUCUACCCGUGUGGAUUUCCUCAAACCUGUACUUGAUGAGAAGAUUUCAGAUCAUCCUCUGUCUGGGGGGGUGCUGUAUGAGAGUUAGGGGGGCCCUAGUCUAUAGGAACAACGUUCCACUUCUGGGAUUGCUCUGGUGCCAUUGGAAAAUCUGCCAGAUGUCACUCUUUUCAGCCAGAUGUCUGUCCCCGUCCUCUGUCUCUGCGUUGGCUCACUCACCUGCGGCUGAUUUUUGAUGACUAUGGUUACCUGGUGCUCACUUCUGCAGGGUAAAUCCAGACAGAUAGCUGGACUAUCUGUCCAAUCUGAGGACUAU